UCUGGUAAGACCUGAGCUUCUGCGGUAAAUGGAGUUAACUUGGCCUUGUCGCACGCCAGUCUGCUUCUGACAUUCGCGCGUCGCGCUCGAUCGCCGCCUGAGAUCGCCCCAUCCAUCGCCUGUGAUAUUACGUUUCUAUUGCUGCCGAAAAAGGGCGAAAAACUUAAACCGAUUAGGUUCACAAAAUAAACUUAUAUAUAUCAGUUCGAACUUGAGCCUGGGAAUUAGCAAACGCAAUGAAAACGAUAAAUCACAUACUCAGUCCGCUCCUGCUCCUGCUUAUGACGUACCUCCCCAGCAUAGCCUGGGCAGCACCUGCUAUACACCUCCGAGACUACCCAGCACCGGACUCUGUACUGGAGGAGGCCUAUCCUACAUCGCCCAGCCAAGUGCUGCCCAUACAGCCCGUGCUAAUUUACCCCCAGCCCCGGGAGAAUCUCUAUCAGGCCAGGAAUCUGGAAGGGCGGAACAACGACCAGGACAUUAUCUUUGUGAAGCUGCUGCAGGACAAAUCCAGUGCCUAUCGGCCCAAGCAGCAGCGCCUCGUCCUCGAGGAGACCAAGACCUCGCGCCGGAAGGAGCAGGGUCUCAAGGAUAUCUUCUAUGUGAAGGCCCUGACCAACGGGAGGUUUAGCCACGAGCGCCUGAAGGUCUACCGGGUGCCCGAAUUCUACGCCAUCAGUGUGUUUAGCAACGGGGAGAAGUGAUCAUCCGGAUGCCGAAGGAGCAGGAGUAAUAUAAGUUAUUUUUAAGA